GGAUGCUGCGAGCAUCAGUGAGAGAAGAGGAGGCUGCUGUCGCACUUCAGGCUCCAAAGUAGACUCCUUCACAUUCAACAGCUCCUAUCGUUAAGCUUUUUAUUCUUUCCUCCACAACUGGAAACAACAACAACAACAACAACAACAACAACAACAACAACAACAACAACAACGCAGAUGAGCUUCUAGAAACCACUCGAAUAAAGCUGGGAUCUCCCGCUGGGACUUUGAACCUUAAAUGCAGCAGGACGGGGACGAUGGGGAUUUGUGCAUCCGAGACUGAGCCCGACAAGAGGAGGGAAACCUGCGCAACUUAUCGCUUUAAAAAGUAACUUGUCCCCGUUUAUUUCGUAUUUCCCCUCCGCAGCUGCUUCAUCAUGCAGAGCAACAGCAGCGCCUCCGCAGCCCUGAGCGCGUGUGGAGAGGAGGACGAGCGCGAGCUCUCCAAAGUGGUCAGUCCCACAGGAGCAGCCUCCAACCUGGCUACUCUCAACAUCUCCCUGAGCUGCUGGCUGCACGUCCUCUCCAAGGAGUCCUCCCUGGACCUGCACGGAGACGGCGCCAACCUGGCCGUGCGAGUCCUCAUCGCCCUGGUCUACCUAGUGGUGUGUGUGCUGGGGCUUGUGGGUAACUUCCUGGCACUCUUCUUGCUCCACUCCCGCCGCCGGGGCCACCACCACUCCUCCAUUGACUGCUACGUGAUGAGCCUGGCGCUGACGGACCUCCAGUUCGUCCUCACCUUGCCAUUCUGGGCCAUAGACACGGUGCUAGACUUCCGCUGGCCUUUCGGACGCAUCAUGUGCAAGAUCGUCAGCUCGGUCACCACCAUGAACAUGUACGCCAGCGUCUAUUUCCUCACCGCCAUGAGUGUGACCCGCUACCGCUCCCUGGUUACCUCACUGAAGAUGGAAAGCCCUAGGAUCGCCACUGCUCGGGCCAAGUGGGGCAGUUUAACCAUCUGGGUGGUGUCACUGGUGGCUACGCUGCCUCAUGCGUUCUACUCCACCACAGUCCAGAUAUCUGCUGAUGACGAGCUGUGCUUGGUGCGGUUCUCUGACUCCGACUCAGGCCACUGGGAUCCACAAGUCCUGCUCGGACUCUAUCAAACGCAAAAGGUCCUCUUAGGAUUUGUCGUGCCCUUGAUUAUCAUCAGUGUGUGCUACCUCCUGCUCCUGAGGUUCAUCCUGAGCCGACGCAUCGUUGGCAGUGUGGUCAGUGGAAGCGAAACCGAGAAGUCAGAGAGCGAGAGGGGACGCCACCGCCGCCGCUCCAAGGUCACCCGCUCCGUCACCAUCGUAGUUCUGUCCUUUUUCAUCUGCUGGCUGCCCAACCAGGCUCUCACCAUGUGGGGGGUGUUAAUCAAGUUUGACAUGGUGCCCUUCAGUAAAGCCUUCUACAACGCACAGGCCUACGCCUUCCCCCUGACUGUGUGCCUGGCCCACGCCAACAGCUGCCUCAACCCGGUGCUCUACUGCCUGAUCCGACGGGAGUACAGAGCUGGACUGAAGGAGCUUCUGCUCAGGGUGUCUCACUCCGUCCAACACGUCCUCACUCUGGCUCUGAGAGGGAGACGAGUGGAGGAGGCACCAUCCAGCCUGGUCGGGAUACACAAAGACAUCAACAUGUGAUUCACUGUCGGAGGAAAAGUGCUCAUUCACUUUUUACUUGCUAAGAGUUGAAGGAGAAGAUUGAUCUCCCUCUCAUGUUAGAACAUGAAAUAGGAAGCUACAGCCAGCACCUGGUUAACUUAACUUAGCAUCAAGCGCUAAAAUAGCCAGGAUUUAACAUAAAACCCCAAAAUGGCCGCUCGCUGUUUUACGUAGGUUUAUAUGUCAGACUAUUUCUUGGACGGGACCAGUUAUUUCCUGGUGCGGUUGUUUUUGUUCAACAAAUAAUAAGGCUAGGUGUUAAUUACUGGGUGCUAAUGAAUGAACCUUGUCACCAUGUUGGCUCCCUGUGUUUCCAGUCGUUAUGCUAAGCUAAGCUAACUAGCUGCUGUAGCCUCAUAUUUGCACAGAGACAUGUGUGGUAUCAAUCCUCUCAUCUACCUCUCAGUGAGAAAGGCAGGCAGCAUAUUUUCGUAAAUGUCGAACUUUACCUAAAACUUGUGUGCCCUUUUUUAUGGUGCCAUUUUUCCAAACAGGUUUUUUUCUUUUCCUUUUUCCCACACAAUCAAGCAAAGUGCAGUGUACUAUUUGAGAUUGUCAGAUUUCCAUUAUGACUGAUGUGUUUAAUAUCUGUGUUAUUAUAGCUAACUCAGUUAGGGCAUUGGAAUCUGUCACUCUUCAUUUGUCAUUCGCAGUUAAACUUAACUCCAGGAUAUAUAUAUAUUUUUUUUUCAGUGUCGGUAGUGUUUGAUAGAGCAUGACGCUGUCUGCCAUUUCCACGUCUCUUUGUGUCCGCCUUGCUGUGCUUCUGUGAAAUGUUUUGUGGAUACACGUGUGUUCUGUGACAUUAAAUAAAAGGAGAGGACAAAAGA